AUGUGUAGGGCUUUUCCUAUGACGUUGAAGGGUCCGACAAGAAUUUGGUUCAGCAGAUUAACGCCGAACUCCAUCAACACUUUCAAGGAGUUGAGCGCCCAGUUCACCUCGCACUUUAUUGGAGGACAUAGGUACAAGAGGUCUACUGCGUGCUUAAUGAGCAUCAUGCAGCGAAAAGAUGAGACGCUGAGAUCCUACAUAACACAUUUCAACAAGGAGGCCCUUUCAAUUGAUGAAGCGGAUGAUAAGAUACUCGUAGCAGCAUUCACUAACGGGUUAAGGAAGGGUAAGUUUUUGUUUUCUUUAUACAAUAACGACCUAAAAACCAUGUCGGACGUGCUCUACAGAGCCACCAAAUACAUGAACGCGGAAGAUGCAUUGCUGGCCCGCGAGGAGAAGCCCAGAAAGAGGGAAAGGCAGGAGGACACACGACAAGAUAGGGGGCGAAAGAUGGCCAGAACUGGAGAUCAACGAGAUGAAAGACGCUCUAGACCCCCCACUGGGAAGUUCACGAGCUUCAUGCCAUUAACUACCCCGAUAAAUCAAGUCUUAAUGUAG